CCUCAGCCUGUCCCGCCUGACUGAAAGAGAGAGAAGAGAGAAAACAGACGGGAGAGUUGUUUGCGAUGGCUGCUGCGAGUCAAAUGCCGUUCCCAGUUGGCGGCGGCAGUGUCAGUGCACGUCAGAAUGUCUCCGCGCCAAAGGACAGACUACAGGCACUCCUCAUGCGGGUGCGAGACCUCAAACAGGCUGGCCAUACACCAGAAUCCUCGAAUGAAUUGCGGACUCUACUCAGCUGUGUCGCUGCACUCAACCAACAACAACAACAACAACAACUAACCAACUCACAUCAGCCCAUUCUCAAUGGCGCCCAUUCCACUGAGCAAACAAUGCUCAUUAAUGGCUCCGCGCCCCAGUCCAUCGUGUCGGGUCCAGUGCCCUCUGUCCCAAUAUUGCCCCCAACCAGCCCCGUGUCUUUCACCCCCGACCAGAUCAACGCCCUCCGUGCUCAAAUACAGGCAUUCAAACUCAUCUCCAGAGGCCAGCCCAUCCCAGAACAGCUCCAACAGGCCAUUCGACCCAACAGCAACGUCGUAUUCGAACUCGAAAAAAUCGUCGCUCCAACCGAUGUUGCAACCCGCAUCGUCGAUGCUGCCGUCAAGACACAGAAGGGUGUUGUCCCCGUCGAUGUUUCAAAGCCAUCCCAGACAGACCCUCAAGUCAAGGAUGAGGAUAUACAAUCCACUUCUCACUCAAACGUAUCCCCUUCCGAGCUACCCAAGGGUCCGUUCUCCGACGAUGAUCCCCGUUCGGGCAUCUAUCCAUACAACGCAUUCCGCAUGCCAUUUACACACCUCACCCGUCCCACCGACAUGGAUCCUUCCCUGUUCGCCACUCGGCUCCAAAGGCUGCUGAUACCUUCUAUCAUGCCCCCCGGUCUAGACGUCCAUCAGGUCAUCAACGAACGAGAUAGAUUCAUAGAGGCGCGAGUCGCUCAGCGCAUUCGGGAACUCGAAAACUUAGAGGCCACCAUCGCCGAUGGCGGAUUUGACAGCGUCGCAAACGACAUCCUCGGAGAACAACAUGUUAACAAUAACAAUCCAAACGAGGAAGAUAUCCACAUGUCGUCGUCCGCGUCCGCAUUGGACACCAUCAAACAUCCAGCACCAAACGCACAUGGCAAACUCCGUGCCACGAUCGAACUCAAGUCCCUCCGUCUGCUGGAGAAGCAGCGGACCAUGCGCGCGCUCGUCGCAGAGAGACUCAUCCAGGGUACGCUUCUCCCACUCAAUCGAGCAGACUUUAGGCGCGUGCGCAAGCCGACGCUUCGCGAUGCACGCAUGACUGAGCAAGCUGAGAGAAGACAGCGGGUCGAUCGUGAGCGUCGCGCGAAGCACAAACAUGUCGAACAGCUCGGCGUCAUUUGUGCACAUGGCAGGGAGGUGCUGCAGGUGGGUCGACAAGCGCAAGACCGCAUCCUGAGGUUGGGCAAAGCCGUUGCCAAUUUCCACGCGUAUACGGAGAAGGAAGAGCAGAAACGCAUCGAACGAAUUUCGAAGGAGCGUUUGAAGGCUCUCAAGGCAGACGAUGAGGAGGCGUACAUGAAGCUGAUUGAUACCGCCAAAGACACGCGUAUUACUCACCUCCUUCGCCAGACGGAUGCCUACCUGGAUUCGUUGGCUCAGGCUGUCAUUGCACAACAAAACGAGGCGGGCGUUCCCAUUGAGAGUGAGGAAGGCCCGACCAGCGAAGCGACGUUCGGCGCCCAGGUGAACAAGGACCUCGCGGACGAGAAAGGCAAGGUAGAUUACUACGCUGUAGCCCACCGGGUAUCGGAGAGAAUUACGAGGCAGCCGACGCUGCUACGCGGUGGAACUCUCAAGGACUAUCAACUCAAGGGUCUGCAGUGGAUGGUCAGCUUGUACAACAAUAAGCUGAACGGCAUCUUGGCAGACGAGAUGGGUCUCGGAAAAACCAUCCAAACCAUCUCGCUGGUGGCGUUCCUCAUCGAAUCUAAGAAACAAUGGGGACCGUACCUCGUCAUCGUCCCGCUGAGCACGAUGACCAACUGGUCUGGAGAGUUCCAGAAGUGGGCGCCUGACGUGAUCGCCGUGUCGUACAAGGGUAAUCCGACACAACGUCGCAACCUGCAGAUGCAGCUACGGCAAGGACAAUUCCAGGUCUUGCUCACUACCUACGAAUACAUUAUCAAGGACCGACCAUUUUUGAGCAAGAUAAAAUGGGUGCAUAUGAUUAUUGACGAGGGACACCGAAUGAAGAACACUCAGAGUAAACUGUCGCAGACCCUUUCCCAAUACUACCACUCCCGAUUCCGUCUCAUCCUCACAGGUACCCCACUACAAAAUAACCUCCCGGAGCUGUGGUCACUGCUCAAUUUCGUCCUCCCGAAGAUCUUCAACUCGGUAAAAUCCUUCGACGAAUGGUUUAACACGCCGUUCGCCAAUUCUGGGACGGGUGAUAAGAUCGAGUUGAACGAAGAAGAGGCAUUGCUGAUUAUUCGCCGGUUGCACAAGGUUCUGCGGCCGUUUUUGUUGAGGCGGUUGAAGAAAGACGUGGAGAGCGAGUUGCCGGAUAAGGUGGAGAAGGUUAUUAAAGUCCGUAUGAGUGCUCUCCAGUCGCAGCUGUACAAGCAUGUCAAGAAGUACAAGAUGAUCGCAGAUGGCAAGGACCAGAAAGGCAAAACUGGGGGGGUGAAAGGUCUUAGCAAUGAGCUCAUGCAGCUCCGCAAGAUUUGCCAACAUCCAUUCCUGUUUGAGAGCGUCGAGGACAAAAUCAAUCCUGGCAGCAUAGUCGACGAGAAGCUCGUCCGUACAUCCGGGAAGCUGGAACUCCUCUCGCGCGUCCUCCCCAAGUUUUUCGCCACGGGGCAUAGAGUCCUUAUCUUCUUCCAGAUGACCAAGGUGAUGGAUAUCAUGGAGGAUUUCCUCAAGAUGAUGAACUGGAAAUAUUUCCGGCUUGAUGGAAGCACGAAGACGGAGGAGCGUGCUGUGUUCGUGCAGCAGUUCAACGCAGAGAAUUCGGAUGUCCAUGUGUUCAUUUUGUCCACGAGGGCUGGUGGUCUAGGUCUGAAUUUGCAGACUGCAGAUACAGUUGUUAUCUUCGAUAGUGACUGGAACCCUCACGCGGAUUUGCAAGCUCAGGAUCGUGCGCAUCGUAUCGGUCAGACCAAAGCUGUCCGAAUCUUGCGUUUCAUCACGGAGAAGAGUGUGGAGGAGGCGAUGUAUGCACGUGCCCGGUUCAAGCUCGAUAUCGAUGACAAGGUCAUCCAGGCCGGUCGUUUCGACAACAAGUCUACGCAAGAGGAACAGGAGGAGUUUUUGCGCUCUAUCCUCGAAGCGGACCAGGAAGAGGAAAAUGAAGAGGCGGGUGAUAUGAAUGAUGAAGAGCUUAAUGAGAUCAUUGCACGCGACGACAAGGAGCUCGAAAUUUUCCGCCAAAUGGAUAUCGAGCGAGAGCGGGAAGGCGUCGAUAAAUGGCGUGCGGCAGGGAAUCGCGGACGGCCUCCACCGUCGCUUAUGCAGCUCGAGGAGCUUCCGGAAUGUUACCGGACGGAUGAACCAUUUGAGGCGAAGGACAUGGAGGAUGCGAUUGAGGGACGUGGGCAGCGCCGGAGGAACGUGGUUAGUUAUAAUGAUGGGUUGAGCGACGAGCAGUGGAUUAUGGCCGUUGAGGAUGGCGAGGAUUUGCAGGAGUUGGCUGAUCGCACGCGGGGCAAAAAGGAGCGGCGGGUUGCUAAUAGGUUGCUCAAGGAAUCUGAGACACCAGGACGGAGUACGCCUGCGUCGGAGACAGAUGGCGGUCGUGGUGGGCGCAAGAAUAAGAAGGGGAAGGGGAAGGCGCCUGAGUAUGAGCCCCCUGCUGCUGCUGGUAAGCGGAAGCGAGGUGCGAAGGCUAUGUCUGCCACUCCCUCCGUUAACGAGGAAGAAGAGGAUGACCGUGAUUCGAAACGCCGGAAAACGAAGGCGCCUGAACUACCCCCGGUUGUGAAAGACAAGAUGAAGAAGGCGUUUAAUGAAGUUUACAAGGCAGUCUUGGCAUGUGAGGAUACUGACGGGCGGAAGCGGUGCGAACUCUUCCGAGAGCUGCCUGAUAAGAGGGAUUAUCCUGACUAUUACCAGCUGAUCACGCAACCCAUCUCUCUCUCUAUACUUCGAAAACGGAUGAACGCAGGCAACUACAAGAGUAUCACACAAUUCAAAGAGGAGUGGAAGUUGAUGUUUGACAAUGCUCGGACGUACAACCAGGAAGGGUCGUGGGUAUACGUCGACGCUGAGGAGAUGGAGAAGGUGUUCUUUGCUACGCUCGAAAAGGUUACUGCGGGAUCCGGACUUCCUGGUGCGUCACCGUCACCGAGUACGCAGUCCGGGUCGGGAGGGUCGGGUUCUGGGUCGUAUGAGUCUGCGUUGACGCCUAUGGAGGAGGAUGAGAGGCCGGUGCUGCACCAGCAGCAUGGGGGCCGGGGUCGACCGAGGGGCAGUAUUCGGAGACAGAUUGUGAGUGACGAUGAGUAUCUUACCCCUAGCGACGAGGAAUAGUGUGGAAUACGUGUGAUCCUAACCUUCAGGGAGUUGUAUUCUGAUCUGUAAUCUCUUUGACUUUCCUUUUCGUAUAGUUUUGUGAUCUGUUUGCACACGAGUUGGAGAUAAUCUGCUUUUAUUCAUAGUAGGACUUGUUGGCAACCGUAAUAUUUUUUU